CUUCGAUCACUUCCGAAGAAAACGAGAGACCCCGGCCGACGGAUGUGACGUAAAUGUGACGACAGCCUCUUCCGCUCUCUUUUCGUUGAGGCUCAGCUAGCGGCCGGCCUGCAAACAUGCAGAUCUUCGUGAAGACGUUGACGGGGAAAACCAUCACCCUCGAGGUUGAGCCCAGCGAUACUAUUGAAAAUGUCAAGGCCAAGAUCCAAGACAAGGAAGGAAUUCCUCCUGAUCAGCAGCGUUUGAUCUUCGCUGGCAAACAGUUGGAAGAUGGACGCACACUGUCUGACUACAACAUCCAGAAAGAAUCUACUCUGCAUCUGGUCCUGCGUCUGCGUGGUGGCAUCAUUGAGCCUUCUCUCAGACAGCUGGCCCAGAAGUACAACUGCGACAAGAUGAUCUGCCGCAAGUGCUAUGCCCGUCUGCAUCCUCGUGCUGUCAACUGCCGCAAGAAGAAGUGUGGACACACCAACAACCUUCGCCCCAAGAAGAAGCUGAAGUAGAUGUUUUACGGAAUCGGCUGUCUUUGCCAUUUUGUGUUAAAAUAAAUUUGAGAAAAUGGU